AUGAAGAUCUACGUCGAGGACACGGUGGGGUCCAAGGUCUGGGCCCGGUGCACCGUGCCGAAUCCGCCGGAGCGCUACGUCGGCGGCCUGGUCGUCGACGGCGUCGUCGAGGGCCGGCCCAUGAAGGUGACGCUCCCGCCCGAGGAGAUGGUCCAGGAGGAGGUCGUCGAGCUGAGGGACGUGGAGGAUUUGUGCGACCUGGGCCACGUCCACGAGGCGACGAUCCUCGAGGCCAUCGAGAGGCGGUGCGCCGCGGGGCGGCCGUACGUCGCCGCGGGCGACGUCGUCCUCGCCGUGAACCCCUUCAAGUGGCUGCCGCUCUACACGGAGGAUCUACGGGCGCUCCACAGCGACGCGCCGUCGAGCGACGAGACGCGCCGCGCGGCGCACGUCUACUCGGUGUCGGGCGCCGCGGCGCGCGGCGCCGCGCGCGGCGAGGACCAGUCCAUCUUGGUGUCCGGCGAGUCCGGCGCGGGGAAGACGGAGACGGUGAAACUGAUGCUCGCCCACCUCGCGGACAUCGCCCAGCACGGCUCCGCGACGAAGACCAUCGUCGCGCAGGUGCUCCGGGCGGGGCCGCUCCUCGAGUCGUUCGGCAACGCGGCGACGCUGCGCAACGGCAACUCGAGCCGCUUCGCCAAGUUCCUGCGCGUCGAGUUCGACCGGGACACGAUGGCCAUCGAGUCGAGCUGGUGCGAGACGGCGCUGCUGGAGAAGACGCGCGUCGUCGAGCGCGCGUCGGGCGAGCGGACGUACCACGUCUUCUACGAGCACCUCCGCAAGCGCGAGGCCGACGCGGGGCGCCUCGACAAGGUGCCGAGCUACCUGAGCGAGCACCCCCACGCCGUCGCCGACGCGUCGGCGGCGCACGCGCGCGGCAAGGACGACCUGUCGUCGCACGGCGGCAUGGUCGACGGGCUGCGGGCCGUCUGCGGCCUCGACGACGGCGAGGUCGCGGGUUUGUUGCACUGCGUCGACGCCGUGCUCGCCCUCGGCGACGUGCGCUUCGACACGGUCGUCAUUUCGACCGUGGACGACGACGGCUGCAAGGUCGCGAACCCGCCGGCGCUGACCGGGGCCGCGGCCGCGCUCGGCUGCGACCGCAAGCUGCUGGAGCGGGGCCUCACGCUGCGCGAGAUCCGCAGCGCGACCGUCGCUCUAUCGGCGGAAUCCGCCGCCGACGCGCGCGACGCGCUGGCGAAGGAGCUCUACAGCCGCGUCUUCGACAAGGUCGUCGCGCUCUCGAACGCGGCGACGCGGCGCGCCGAGGGCGACGCGCGGCCGCCGGGCGUCGUCAUCGGCAUGCUGGACCUGUUCGGCUUCGAGUUCUACGGCGCCGCGGGGUCGGCGAACGGCUUCGAGCAGCUGCUCAUCAACCUGGCCAACGAGCGGCUGCAGCAGCGCUUCGUCGCCGACGUGCUCGCGCGAGCGCAGCGCGAGCUGCUCGCCGAGGGCGUGCCCUGGACCAAGGUCGACUUCGACGACAACGCCGAGGUGCUGCGCCUCAUCGAGGCGCGGGCGGGGCUCGUGGACAUCCUGAACGAGGAGUGCGUCCGCGGCAACUCGGGCAACGACAGCAACUUCGUCGACAAGCUGCUCAACUUCCACAAGGGCCACGCCUGCCUCGCGACGCCCAAGAUCAAGCAGCACAGCGACGGCGAGGCGCUGCCCUUCACCAUCGCCCACUACGCGGGGACGGUCAUGUACACGUCGAAGGGCUGGGUCGAGCGGAACCGCGACGUCCUGCCCACGAAAUUGGUCGAGGCGAUGACGACGCCCGUCGACGGCGACGGCGCCCACCGGCCGUCCUUCGUCGUCGACGAGAAGGCGUCGCUGAGCUCGCCCGUGGCCCUCUUCGCCGCCGCCGAGGCCGCGAACCUGCUGCGGUCCAAGUUCGGCGGCGGCGACGGCGGGCGCCGCGCGUCGGGCCGGCGGCCGCAGCGCCGGGGGAGCCACCUGUCCAGCCAGGAGACCGUGGGCAGCAAGUUCCGGUCCCAGCUCCGCGACCUCAUGCGCCAGAUCGCCGCGACGAAGUGCCGCUACGUGCGCUGCAUCCGCCCGAACCAGGGCAGGAAAAGAGAGCGAAAUGCCCAACUUCAAAGGCUCCUAGCUCGGCCGUUUUCCACUUGCCCGAACGACGCCGCGCGGCCCAUCGACUCGAAGGACGCGUUCCACCGUUUGCCGGUGGUCGAGCAGCUGCGGUGCUGCGGCGUGCUGAGCGCGUUGCGCGUCGCGCGCGCGGGCUACCCGGACCGCAAGCCGCUGCGGGCCUUCGUGGAGCGCUUCGCGGUCGUCGGGCCCGCCGCGUCCGCGACGCUGGAGCGGUGCCGCGCGGCCGCGGAGCAGGCGGGCCUCGGCGACUUCGACGACGCCUUCGACUCCUACGGCGGCGCCGACGACCUGGACGCGCCGACGGCGGCGGACCUGAGGCACGGCGACGACGAGGAUCUGAUCCUGGACCGCGCGGUCGUCGCGGCGGCCGCGCCGUGGAAGGCCGCGGCGCUGGCCAUCGUCGACGCCGUCCACGACGACGCCGCGCCGCGGUCGAGGGCCGCGGCGAAGCAGAAGCGGAAGAAGGCCUUAGCGGGCCGCGUCUUCGUCGGGCGCACGAAGGUCUUCCUCCGCGACGGCGCGCUCGACGACCUCGAGGCGCUGCGCGCGGCGGCGUGCUUCGACCGCGCGGCGACGAUCCAGGCCUUGGCGCGGCGCCACCUGACCUACGCCGCCUUCAAGCGCUUCAAGGCGCGGCUCCUCGUGGCCCAGACCCACGGCCGGUGCUACCUCGCGCGGCGCGCGGCGAGCCGGAAGCGGCGCGUGCUCCGCGCGACGGUGCGCUUCCAGGCCGUGUGGCGGGGCAUCGACGUGCGCCUCGUGGGCUACCUCGCCUCGGCCAAGACGGCGUCGCUCGCGCUCCAGACGCGGCUCCUGCGCCCGAAGCUCGCGCGGAAUCGCGUCGCGUUCGUGCUCGAGAUGAAGUCCAAGGGCGAGCGCCUCGACUCGCUCCAGUCCAAGCUCAAGAACCUGGGCUCGCCGUCCCAGGAGGAGAAGAAGGCGCCCCUGCCGCCGCCGCCGCGCCAGAAGGGCUCCGCGGUCGCGCGCGGCAUCUUCUCGUCGAACGCGCGGAAGGACGCCGCCGCGGACCUCGACCGCGAGAAGCAGAAGGAGAUCCUCGAGAAGGCGCGCGCCGAGGCGGCGGCCACCGUCGCCGCCGCCCGCGAGGUCGCCACGGAGGCGUCGCGCGCGCUCGAGGAGCUCCGGAGCGAGAACGCGGCGCUCCGCGAGCGGUGCGCGGGCGCGGAGGCGCGCGCGGAGUCCUGGCGCGCCCAGGCGACCAAGGCCAAGCAGCGCGAGGCCCAGCUAUUGGCCAUCGUCGACGAGGCGAAGCGCGAGUGCGUCCUCGCGCGCGAGCAGACGUCGCGGCACCUCGACGAGUCGUCGGCGCUCCACGGCACGGACGCGCACCAGUCCUACGGCCGGCUGCGCCAGAAAUUGUUGCAGCACAGCGCCCACAUGGCGCCGGCGCUCCGCAAGAAGCUGUUGGAGAAGCGCAAGCCCCAGCAGAAGGUCACGGUGACGCAGGCGGAGCUCCGGGGCUUCGUCGAGGCCCUCGUCGCCGAGGGCGUCCACGUGCUCAAGCACUCGACGAACGGCAAGGCCCAGAAGCGCAAGCUCAAGCUCACGGACGGCGGCGCGGCGCUCUACUGGGAGAAGCCCGGCGGCGGCGCCGCGCGCUCGAAAGGCGAGUCGUACCCGCUCUCCGAGUGCGUCGAGGUCCGCGGCGCGCACGACCUCGACCCGGCGGCCCAGGGCAAGCUCCUCUGCGGCACGAAGACGUUGCGCAAGUCCAUGUCCGCCAAGAACUGGCCCCUGGCGUUCUCCUUCAUCUACGCACACCGCACCAUCGACGUCGAGUUCAGCGACCCGGAGGACACGAAGCUCAAGCUCCGCUACUUCAAGGCGCUCGUCCAGGAGGCCAAGGCCAAGGCCAUGCGGUCCCUCCUCGCCGCCGACGAGGAGUGCCGCGGCGGCAGGGCCACGGGGUGCUGCGGCGGCUGGCGGACGACGAUGGGCUGCGGCGGCGGCGGCGGGCGCGGCGCGGCGGGCGGGCGCGGCGGCCGCGCGGCGGGCCGCGGCGGCGGCCGGCGCGCCGCGGCCGGCGGCGCGGCCGCGGCCGCGGCCGCGGCGGCCAUGGACGUCGACGACGCCUCGAUCUCGAAGUCGCUCUCGACGUCCGUGGACUCGUCGGGCCUCUGGCGCCGGGGCGGCCCGACGUCGCCGCCCGGCGGCGGGAACGGCGGCGGCAGCCGCGUCGGCGCGGCGAGGGCGCUCGGCUCGUCGCAGACGUCGGAGCCGCCGCUCGACGACGCGCCGGCGCCGGAGCUCGCCGUCUCGCUCGCCUCGCGGCCCGCGGCCUCGACGAACUCGGCCAAGGGCGCGGCCUCCGCGAGGUCCCCGAAGUCGCGGCGGGGGCUCCGCGGCGCGACCCACCGGCGCCUCGCGCCCCAGCCGUCGCCCGCGGGAGACGGGGGCGUCGACACGAAGGCGUCGCGCGACCGGUAG